AACUCGUCGGCGUUGCUUUUUGAGGCAUUUUCUUACGGUCAUCAUGAGGUAAACAAACCACCAACAAUGACGGCCUGUGCAGACCACUGCUCCAUCUUUGGCGUCAGCCCAAAUGAUGAGUCUCUGAUGGGACUGAGAGAAGUAAACCCCAUCCAGAAACACAGAGAAAACAAUGAGGUUGUGUCUGCCUUCAACACAGGGUUGGAAGACAAAUACCCUGAGGAUGACAGACAGCGGGAGUCCAGCCUGGUUAAAGAAGUGUCGGACAAGAUGGUCUGCUCAGCUUGCAGAUGCUCCUUCACUAACCGCGAAGAACAGAUGGAGCACUACAAGCUCGACUGGCAUCGCUUCAACUUGAGAAAAAAGAUGGCUGGAAUGCCACCGGUCACAACGGAGGAGUUUGAGAAGAAAACUGGAGCUGGAGACAUGUCAAGUAUCUCAGGUUCAGAGUCCGACUCAGAGAAGUCAGAUAGCGAUGAUGGGGGAACAAGCAGUAACGUCACCGGCACAGACAAUGAGAGCCCAGUUGAAACCAGUUUAAUCACUGGCCGGCCCUCCAGCAAGGUGUUUUUCCAGAACUCAGCAGGACAGUAUUUAUCAGUGUACCGCUGUAUUCUCCAGGGAAAGUCUGAUGGAGAGCUGGAUGUGGGAUCCUCCCUAAAGGCCAUAAAUAAGGAGACUUUAUGGAUCAUUCUCAUGACAGGCGGUGGCCACUUUGCUGGUGCUGUUUUUCAAGGAAAAGAAGUCCUUCAGCACAAGACUUUUCAUCGUUACACUGUACGUGCAAAGCGAGGGACUGCUCAAGGACUCCGGGAUUCUCAAAACCGCAGUCACGCGCCAAAAUCUGCAGGAGCUGCUCUGAGACGACACAAUGAGGCAGCGCUAGUCAAGGACAUUCAGGAUCUUCUGUUAAGUUGGGCUGAACACUUGAAAAAGGCCUCUGUGAUAUUUGUACGAGCCCCAAGCUACAAUAAAACCAUCUUUUUUGGUGGUCGCGGGGCUCCACUGGACAAAAAAGACCCCACAAUCCGUACAAUUCCCUUUGCCACACGCAGGGCGACCUUCCGAGAGGUACAACGGGUACAUGAGGUGCUUUCCACUGUUCAGAUUUAUGGGAAAGACACAGACAUGUCUGCAGUCUGCAGUACAUCUAAGAAGUUGUGGAAAAAAACUGUAAAGCCUACAGUACAAAUAAACACUGAUCAAGAGAAAGCAGAAGAUCACCAUGAUAGCGCAGAUAGUGAGGAGGAUGGGGAGAUCCAGCUUGAGAUGGUGGAGAUGACAUUAAGAACUCUUGACCUCAGGGAGUCUGAAAUCCAACCCUCCAGACACAGAAGGAGGAGAAGAAAGAAGGAGCCCAAAAAGGAUGAUCAAGAUGUGAGUAACACAGAAGCAGACAAACAAGACGAGGAAGUGCCAGAAGCUACACCAGCAGACGGUACGCCUCAGGAGACGCAGUCAAAGAACAAGAGGCGGAGGAAAACACAGAGUAAGAAACAAAUGGAAGAAACUGUGACUGAUUCGUGGGAGUACAGCGCAAGUGAUGCACUCUUUACAGCCUGCAAGGUUGGGGAUGUGGACACUCUGUGUAGCCUCCUCCAUCUAUCUGGAGAAACACAAGAGCAGCCAGAAAGCAAUACUUCUGAUGCCCAGAAUCCUCUCACUCUCCUUAAUAAGCCCAUAGACUCAUCAGGGUUCACUUUGCUGCAUGUUGCUUCAGCAGCUGCACAAAAGGCAGUAGUCAGGUUGCUCCUGGAUGCAGGAGCAGACCCAGCCCUCAGGGAUAACAAAGGGCAGACCCCAUAUAUUGUUGGCCCUGACAAAGACACUAGGAACGUUUUUCGUAAAUACAUGGGCGAGAAUCCUGACAGAUAUGACUACAAUAAGGCACAGGUUCCAGGACCACUAACGGCAGAGAUUGAAUCCAAAAUGAUGGAGAAGAAAAAGGCUCAGAAGGCAUUAAAAAAACAGCGAGAAAAAGAGCAGAAGGAGGAGAAGAGAAAACAUGAGUUAGAGGCAGAGGAAAAGAAGAGGUUUGCAUCUCUCACUGAUCGUGAAAAGAGAGCUUUAGCGGCAGAGAAGAGGCUAGCAGAACAGAUCGCUACAGCAGGAGCCAGCCUCUCUAACGUCAAGAGAUGCUGGCAAUGUGGGGAAUCUCUGCUUGGGAAGGUCCCAUUUCAGUACCUAGAUUAUUCGUUCUGCACCCCCAAAUGUGUCCAAGCGCAUAGAAAAUCCAACGCUCCUCCAGGCAAGACUUAACACCCACAUGGA